CCGUUAGCUGCGUAUCAUCCCGGAAGUUUUACCUUUCUCCUGACACGUAGCAACCACAGUCAAGUUGGCAGGGCUUUGACUAAGGUUGUCCAGCGUCACAGAGUGAGAAAUGUCUGGGUUUGACAACUUCAACACAGACUUCUACCAGUCCAGCUACAGUGUAGACGAUCAAAGCCAGGGUGGCUAUGGCUACAGCAAUGCUGAGAACCCCUACAACAAGCCAUAUGGUCAGUAUGAUUACUCCCAACCGAUGGGCUACCCUUCCCCGGGAAUGAUGCAACCCCAGCAGCCUUAUACAGGACAAAUCUUCCAGCCCACACAGACCUACACACCUUCCACGUCACAGUCCAUGUACAGUAACAGCUUUGAUGAUGAACCACCACUGCUAGAGGAGUUGGGAAUCAAUUUUGACCACAUCUGGCAGAAGACCCUGACAGUGCUCCAUCCCAUGAAAGCAGCAGAUGGUAGCAUCAUGAACGAGACAGACCUGGCAGGCCCUAUGGUCUUUUGCUUGGCUUUUGGGGCAACACUCCUCCUGUCCGGUAAGAUCCAGUUUGGUUAUGUGUAUGGCAUCAGUGCAAUCGGCUGCCUUGGCAUGUACUGCUUGCUCAACCUUAUGAGUAUGACAGGCGUGUCGUUCGGCUGUGUGGCCAGCGUGUUGGGAUACUGCCUCCUCCCCAUGAUCGUUCUCUCCAGCUUCGGCGUCCUCUUUUCAUUACAGGGUAUGUUGGGAAUAAUACUAACAGCAACAAUCAUUGGCUGGUGCAGUUUCUCAGCCUCAAAGAUCUUCAUCUCAGCAUUGGCCAUGGAUGGGCAGCAGUUCUUGGUUGCUUACCCCUGUGCACUGCUAUAUGGGGUCUUUGCACUCAUCUCUGUCUUCUGAAGAAAUAAAAAAAUUAUAAAGCCACAGUUUAAAAUAAGUGCUCCCCUGUUCCUGUAAUCACAGUCUAAUUAGCGUCAGUGUAAUUAGUGUAAUUAUUGGCUAAUUACACAGUUGCUACAGAAAAAUGAGCACUCUUAAGCACCAGUCCAUUUUUUUUUUCUUUUAAAGCAUCCACCUCUUAUUUUUUUCCCAGCUUGACUUUUUGAAGGUUGGGAGUGUGUUUUGUCACAAAUCCUGUGCAGCUCGUUCCCCUCAUGCAUCUUAAAGGACAAGACUGUCUAACAAGCAUAAUUAAAAAUACUCCUGUGGACCAUGUCGAGCAUUUUUGGCUUAUUACAGUCCUAUGAUUUUAAGGACAUGGGGGGGAAGGGAGUGAGCAAACAGUUCAAACACAGUGGAAACACAAGAAGAAUUUUGUUUUUGUUUCGACACAAAUGGAAAAGAUUUUUUCUUUCUUUUUCUGGGAAGUGGGCCUGUUGUAAGUUUUUUCUAGCAAACAUCUUCAGAUUCUACGCUAGCAAGAUUAAGGGAAAUGCCUACUUUCAUGCCACACCAGACUACAGCAACCAAUGCUAGUUUUCCUCCCAGAGUGGUUAAGAAAAAUGGAGGUUCUCCUCUUUAAUAUCCCCUUUUAUCCAAGACUGAGGAACCACGAGCCCCAUCAGUUUAUCAUCUUUUUCAUAAGGACAGCUGCUCUGCAGAUAUUUUCUUCUGUAUUUUAUUUUAUCUUUUGAGAAAUAUUUGACUUUUGAUGCCUUUUCAGGAAGACACAACUACAGUUAGCACAAAAGCAUUGUUGUAAUUGUCCAAACCAAACCAAUAUGAUUAGACAUUGAGAAUGAAUAGUGGACUACUUCUGUGUGGGCACAGACCUGUUGAUUGGCUUUUGUUGUAGAUGAAAGCCAUCUACCUUAAAUCUUAAUUUUAGAGACAACUCGCUUUGUAUGCUUUAAUGUGUCAUCUGUUGUUCCUGUCUUCUCAUGCACAUUAAAGUUGUUUUUAAAGGUUA